AUGUCACCACCAGCCACUACGCAGCCACCGACAACUACGUUACCACCACCCACUACGUCGCCACCGACCAUUACGUCGCUUCCGACCACUACAUCGCCACCGACCACUACGUCGCCACCGACCACUACGUCGCUUCCGACCACUACGUCGCCACCGACCACUACACCGCCACUGACCACUACGCCGCCACCGACCACUACUCGGCCACCAACCACUACACCGCCAACGACCACUAACUCGCCACCAUGGCCAUCUUGCAGCCAACAGCCACUACGCAGCCACCAGUCACUACGUCGCCACCAGCCACCACGUAACCACCGACCACUACGUCACCACCGACCACUACGUCGCUUCCGACCACUACGUCACCACCGACCACUACGUCACCACCGACCACUACGUCGCCAGCGGCCACCUUGUAGCCAACAGCCACUACGCAGCCACCAGUCACUACGCAGCCACCAGCCACUACGUCGCCACCAGCCACUACGUAGCCAUCGACCACUACGGCACCACCGACCACUACGUCGCCAACAGCCACUACGUCGCCACCGACCAUUACGUCGCUUCCGACCACUACAUCGCCACCGACCACUACGCAACCACCAGACACUACGUCGCCAACAGCCACUACGCAGCCACCGACCACUACACCGCCACCAAUCACUACGUCACCACCAACAACUACGCCGCCACCGACCACUACGCCGCCACCAACCACUACGCCGCCACUGA